AUGGUUCCCAGGCUGCUCCUGCUGCUGCUCCUGGGACUAGCAGGCCAAGGCUCAGCUGGCAGCCUCCCCGAGGUGCUGCAGGCGACGGUGGGGGGCUCCAUUCGGGUGCACUGUCUCUACCGACCCCAGGACAGAAAGGCUCGGAAGGUGUGGUGCCGGUUGUCGCCGGCGGGGUGCCAGCCCUUGGUGUCCUCAGCGGUGGAUCGCAGAGCCCCAGGGCACCGCCGGACCUUCCUCACGGACAUGGGGAGCGGCCUGCUCCAGGUGGAGAUGGUCGAGCUGGCCGAGGAGGACGCGGGGGAGUACCGCUGCGUGGUGGAGGGCGCCGCCGGGCCCCAGACAGUGCACAGGGUGGCCCUGCACGUGCUCCCUGCCGGGGAGGAAGAGGAGUCCUCCAAGGUUGGCGGUGGGACUGAAGAUCCCUCCUCAGGCCCCACAGGCAGUGCCAGCCCCCUGGAGCCCAGCCAGCAUGAGAAGAGCAUCCCCUUGGUCUGGGGCUCUGUGCUCCUGCUGGGCUUGCUGGUGGUGGCAGUGGUGCUGUUUGCUGUGAUGGCCAAAAGGAAAGGGAACGGACUUGGCGUCUCCGGCCAAUCCCAGAGCAGCGGAGCUCCAGGCAUGGUGCCCUCCUCGGUGGUCCACAUCGAUGACUCUCGGCUGGCUGUAGAUGUGCCGUCGGACAUACCAUAUGUUAGGCUUGACUCGCCGCCUUCCUUUGACAAUACCACCUAUUCCAGCCUACCCCUUGAGCCCCCAUCACGGAACGCCCCGGCCCCAGCCCCCUCCUCAUCGCCCCCUCUGCCUCCUAAGGUCCUGACCAGCUCCAUGCCUGUGACGUACGCCACAGUCAUCUUCCCGGGAGGGGACAAGAGUGGAGGGGCGUCCUGGGAGCCAGCCCAGGAUCCUCCUCAUAGCCGGACGCCACCCAGCUGA